AUGAGCGAUACACUUAUCUCACGUAAUCUUGUGCCCAUUAUUGAUCUGGCAGGCAUAAAAAAUAAAGAAACAGCUUUCAAAGACCUAGGUCAGCAACUAUAUAAGGCUUUAACGGAAACGGGAAUAGCUCUUUUGAUCAAUCAUGGCAUUUCUUUGGACAAGAUUCAAAAAGCUUGGAGUUAUUUUGAUGAAUUUCUAAACUUGCCAAGCGAUGUGAAAAACCAAUAUGCACGCUCCAAGAUUGCUGAAGAUGACAAUCAUGGCUAUGUUAGUCCUGGCAUGGAACGUUUUGAUGGCAAAACUCCAGAGCUACGUUAUGCCUAUAAUAUUUGCCAAGAGCAUAUGGAUAUUAUGCCCAAGGAAGUGCCUGGGUUGGCAGAAAAUAUAAGCCAGCUGAGACAGGAUUUCAAGGGUUUGGCUAGUUUCAUUCUUCAAUCCUUGGCUGUGGCAGUGGGCAUGCCGCAAAAUUUCUUUCUCGACAACCACAAGCAUAUGCUGUCCAAUAAUAGCCACAACUUGACCACAUUGCGUAUGCUCUACUAUCCACCCGUGACUGGCAAUAACAAAGAUUUUGAAUCUGGACAAUUUGUGCGUUGCGGUGCUCAUUGUGAUUAUGAUAGUUUCACUCUGCUAGCCCAGGAUUCGGAAGGAGGUUUGGAAAUUAAAUUAGUUGGCAGUGAUAAAUGGGAACGUGUUGGCCAUCUUCCAGGAGCCAUUGCCAUCAAUUGUGGUGAGACCUUGUCGGCAUGGACCCAAAGACGUUUAUAUGCUUUGCCACAUCGAGUUAUUGUGCCUGAGGAUGAAGAAUCACCUGCUUCCGGUAGGCAUUCCCUUGCCUUUUUUCUACAUCCGGAUAAUGAUACGAAAAUAUCGCCCAGAGAUCUCGUCAACCAAGAUAACAUUGACCACAAUGCCACAGACGAAAGGUUAUUUUGCAAAAUGAAAUAA